GCUUGGGAGGAGAGAGAGAUGUGAGUGCUCCGAGAGUCUGGCCGGGACAGAGCUCCUGCCUCUUCCCUCCAUUCCUUCCUCCAGCCUCUCCGCUCCGCUCUCGGGAGCAACGGAGCUCAUUUUCCCUUUCCGAUGGCCCCACCUCGCUUGGGUGUUCUGCUCCUCCUGGCUUGUUGCUUCUCCUGCUCCGAAACACAGCUCCUGGACUGGGUUUGGGACAGCACGAAGACCACGGGAAGCCCAGCACUACCCAGUGAGGGAAUCCCAGAGUCGGUGCCGCCAACCUCAGCGGCGGCUCCGGCUCCCAGCCCGUCCCCAGGGAUGUGGGGCGGCGAGGUGGCAGGAAAUGUCACCACCCCACGGCAGCAGGAGCCAGAUCCUGCUACAGCAGCACCUGUGAGUGAGGGAGCCACAGCCAAAACCACGGAGCAGUGGGACAGGAAUGCCACAGGGUCGGUGGAGAGCACGGCGUGGCCGAGCAUCGCUCCUCUCCACAGCGUGUCACCUGCCCCAGGACAGCAGGCGGCCAGCAGCCCCACUGACGACCCCCAGCUCCUGGGGACAGGGACCCACAAGGACACCCAGCUCCUGGGGUCAGGGAACACUGAGGACCUGCAGUUCUUGGGGUCAGGGAACACCGAGGACCCCCAGCUCUUGUGGUCGGGAACCACCAAGGACCUGCAGCUGCUGGAGACAGGAACCACCGAGCACCUGCUACUCCUGAGAAUGGGGACCACCGAGGACCCCCAGUUCCUGGGGUCAGUGACCCCGAAGGAUCCACAGCUCUUGGGGACAGGGACUACUGAGGACCUGAAGCUGCUGGGGUCAGGGACCACUGAGAACCCGCAGCUCCUGAGGAUGGGAACCACCGAGGACCCCCAGCUCCUGGGGUCAGGGACUACUGAGGACCUGCAGCUGCUGGGGUUGGGCACCACUGAGGACCCACAGCUCCUGGGGAUGACGAGUGCCACAGACCUGCAGCUUCUGAUAGCAGGGCACACCGAGGACCCACAGCCCUUGGGGACAGGGACCACUGAGGACCCACAGCCCUUGGGGACAGGGACCACCGAAGACCCAGAGCUCCCAGGCACGAGGACCACUGAGAAUCUGCAGCUCCUGGUGAUGAGGAACACUGAGCUCCUGAGGACAGUGACCACCGAGAACCCAGAGUUGCUGGGGAACACUGAGAACCCACAGGGGUCACAGAGGACAGUGACCCCUGAAGACCCAGAGUUCCUGGGGAUGGGAACUCCUACAAUGGAGUCACAGGUGUCCUUGCAGAGACCGACGGGUCUCCAGCCAGGUAGUGCCCCUUUUCCUUUCUCACCAGGUGACAGCACCCGUGAGCAGGCGGUGCCUUUCCAGGACCCCUUGGUACAACCUCCCCGUUACUUCCCCGCAGCAUUACGGAACCCAUGGCAUGGCCCUGGCCACCCAGGGCUGGCUCUGGCCAGCAGAAGCGGGAGCCACAGCCCCCCUUGGCCUGACCAGAGGGUGGAUAAGGGUCCUGCUGCCGAUAACUCUGUCCCUCUGGAGUUCGAUUUACUGAGCGCUACCAUGCAGCUCUACAGGAGUGACGGCGUGGGGCUCACAUCCUUCUUUCCAGGACUGAUGCCAGCAGCCGGCCAUUGCCAGCCCAUCCCGACCCGCCUGCCCUUCUGCAGUGUGCUGGGCACCAGCCAUGUCCGAGUGCCAAAUUACCUUCAGCAUGGCAGCGAGGAGGAAAUUCGGGCGGCUUUGCAUGAGUGGGAGGGGCUGCUUGAGUCGCGGUGCCAUCGCUACCUGGAGUGGUUCCUCUGCUUGCUGCUGCUCCCCGGCUGUAGCCCCUCGGUCCCCAUAACUCCCCCGCCAUGCCAGGGCUUCUGCGAGGCCGUCAGAGACCUGUGUUGGACUCCCUUGGCCAGCAGGCGCCUGCCUCUGCCUUGCGAUGCUCUCCCUGAGGAGGAUGAAGGGGUUUCUUGUGUCUUUAUUAAUGCUUCUGCAGAGAGCCUGAGUGCUGAGAUCAGCCUGCUGGAGCUGAUUGGGGACCCACCGACGGAGGAGAUCCACAGAAUUUAUGGCCCCGACAACAACCCCGGCUACGUCUUUGGUCCCAACGCCAACACGGGCCAGGUGGCCCGGUACCACCUGCCGAGCCCUUUCUACCGAGACUUCUCGCUGCUGUUCCACAUCCAGCCCACCACGCCCCGGGCCGGCAUGCUCUUUGCCGUCACGGACUCCUCGCAGAGCAUCAUCUACGUGGGUGUCAAGCUCUCGGAGCUGCGCGCGGGCCAGCAGCAGAUCAUCUUCUACUACACGGAGCCGGGCUCACCCAGCUCCUACCCGGCCGCCACCUUCACCGUGCCCACCCUGCUCAACCAGUGGACGCGCUUCGCCAUCAGCGUGGAGGAGGAGGAGGUUGUCCUCUACCUGGACUGUGAGGAGCACGAGCGUGUCCGCUUUGAGCGCUCCCCAGACGAGAUGGAGUUGGAAGAGGGCUCCGGGCUCUUUGUUGCUCAGGCUGGAGGGGCUGACCCAGAUAAAUACCAGGGGGUCAUUGCAGAUCUGAAGCUCCGGGGGGACCCUCGGGCGGCCGAGCGCCAGUGCGAGGAAGAGGAGGAUGACACAGAGGUCUCUGGGGAUUUUGGCAGCGGGAUGGAAGGCGGACAGCAGCCCUCAGGCAAGGUCGAGGCUGUUCCAGGGCUGCUGGACGCUGUCCCCGUGACCUCCCCGCCCGUGGCGGGGGGCAGUGGCCCCAGGAGUGCCGGGGGCGCCCCACAGCAAGCCGAGAGGACCAGAGCAGAGGAGACGCUGCGGGUCUCCACAGGAGGCGCCGGUUGGAAAGGAGAAAAGGGAGAGAAGGGCGAACGUGGCUUGAAAGGGGACUCAGGGACCAGUGGCAUUGUAGGGCCAGGCAGUGUCAAGGGUCAAAAGGGGGAGAAAGGAGACCUGGGUGUCAAGGGCAGCGCUGGAUUUGGCUACCCUGGCUCUAAAGGCCAAAAAGGAGAACCAGGUGACCCUGGACUCCCCGGGACCGUCUCUCGGCAUGCCGAUGGCUCGGUGCUGGAGCAGGUCACUGGCCCUCCGGGGGCACCGGGGAAGGACGGAGCCCCUGGCAGGGAUGGCGAGCCUGGAGAUCCUGGCGAGGACGGCAAACCCGGUGAAAUGGGGCCCCCGGGGUUCCCUGGCAUGCCGGGGGAGCCGGGCCUGAAGGGGGACAAGGGUGACCCAGGCGUGGGGCCGAGGGGACCCCCUGGACCACCUGGCCCUCCGGGACCACCGGGACCCUCCUCCAAAAAUGACAAGCUGACCUUCAUCGACAUGGAAGGCUCUGGCUUCGCUGGUGACCUGGAGAGCCUGCGGGGUCCACGAGGGCCACCUGGUCCCCCAGGGCCGCCUGGCGUGCCUGGAUUGCCAGGGGAGCCAGGACGGUUUGGGACGAACCGCACGGAGCUGCCGGGACCGCCGGGGCUGCCGGGCAGGGACGGGACCCCCGGGCCCCCGGGGCCAGCGGGUCCUCCAGGAAGAGAUGGGGAGGAUGGGCAGCCGGGGCCCAAAGGAGAGCAGGGCGACGUGGGUGACCUUGGCCUCCCUGGCCUACCAGGACCCAAGGGCAAUAAAGGAGAAACGGGACCAGCAGGGCCCCCAGGAGAAAUGGGCUUAGCUGGCCUUCCCGGGCCCGUGGGACCCCGAGGGCAGCCAGGGCCCCCCGGCCCCCCGGGACCACCGGGGCCGGGCUACGAGGCUGGAUUUGGUGACAUGGAGGGCUCAGGGCUGUCAUUCACCCCUGGACCACCUGGGCCUGAAGGACCACAGGGCGUGCCAGGACUGCCGGGGCUGAAGGGAGAGGUCGGCAGCCCCGGACAGCCUGGCUUGCCAGGACCAAAGGGAGAUGCUGGCAUGCCUGGCUUGGAUGGCCGCCCUGGCCUGGAGGGCUUCCCUGGACCACAGGGACCCAAAGGUGACAAAGGCAGUACCGGUGAGAAGGGAGAGCGAGGCCAAGAUGGAGUGGGGCUGCCUGGCCCCCCUGGCCCACCUGGUCCCCCCGGACAGGUCAUUGGUGUCUCCGGUGAAGAUAAGUCCUUGGUGGCUUUUCCUGGUCCAGAGGGCAGACCAGGCCGCGCUGGCUUCCCGGGCCCGGUGGGACCGAAAGGAGACCAGGGGUCACCUGGUCCCCAGGGUGCCCCAGGGCUGAAGGGGGAGAAGGGGGAGCCCGGCGUCAUCAUCAGCCCUGACGGGACCGUGGUCACUGCCAAGGUGAAAGGAGAAAAGGGGGAGCCAGGGCUGCAGGGCCCAAUGGGACCAUUGGGUCCCCCAGGACGAGCAGGGACCAAGGGAGAGAUUGGCUUUCCGGGCAGACCCGGACGUCCUGGCAUGAACGGGCUGAAGGGCGAGAAGGGUGACCCCGCAGACGUGCGGGGCUUGCGGGGUCCCCCAGGCCCCCCAGGACCCCCUGGGCCCCCUGGCCCACCUGGCAGCAUAGUCUACAACAAUGGCAAUACUUUCAGUGACUCCACCCACCCGGCAUUCCCUGGUUUCCACCAGUUCUCAGGACAAAAGGGAGAGAAAGGUGACACUGGACCCCCAGGACCGCCAGGCCAAUUCCCCUAUGACAUGAGUCACUUUGGUACCAGCCUGCGGGGUGACAAGGGGGAUGCAGGUCCCAAGGGUGAGAAGGGCGAGCCAGGCAGCACCCCACUCUACAGUCCUGGAGUCUCUGGACUUCCAGGGCCUCCAGGGCCCCAGGGAUACCCUGGGCUGCCAGGUCCCAAGGGGGACAGUAUUGUUGGGCCACCGGGGCCUCCAGGACCUCAGGGUCCCCCUGGUAUCGGAUACGAGGGGCGGCAGGGCCCCCCUGGCCCCCCUGGUCCACCCGGGCCACCCUCCUUCCCAGGUCCCCACAGACAAGCUGUCAGCAUCCCUGGACCCCCGGGACCACCAGGACCCCCUGGACCACCAGGCACUAGCGGGAUAUCCCUGGGGCUCCAGGCCAUGCCCACGUACCAGGCAAUGCUGAGUGCCGCGCACGAGCUGCCCGAGGGCGGCCUCAUCUUCCUGACGGACCGGCAGGAGCUCUACGUGCGCCUCCGCGGGGGCUUCCGCAGGGUGCUGCUGGAGGAGCACAACCUGAUCCCCAGUUCGGCUCUGGACAAUGAGGUGUACGACAAGCCGCCCACCCUCCACUACGCCGGCCCCCAGCCCCGCGGGCCCCUGCACCCGCUCCGCAACCACGUCCCCUCAGCCACCGCCCGUCCCUGGCGUGGGGACGAGGUGGUGGCCAACCAGCACCGCCUGCCCGAGCAGCCCCUGCUCCACCACCAGCACGAGCUCAUCAAUGGGUACUACAUCCACCGCCGGCCGGAGCCCGCCCCUGUGGCCGCCCAUGUGCACCAGGACUUCCAGCCUGCCCUUCACCUGGUGGCCCUGAACACCCCGCUGAGUGGCGGCAUGCGUGGCAUCCGGGGCGCCGAUUUCCAGUGCUUCCAGCAAGCCCGACAGGUUGGGCUGGCUGGCACCUUCCGCGCCUUCCUGUCCUCACGCCUGCAGGAUCUCUACAGCAUCGUGCGCAGGGCCGACCGCGCCGCCGUCCCCAUUGUCAACCUCCGGGAUGAAGUGCUCUUCAAUAACUGGGAAGCCCUUUUCACGGGCAGCAGGGCCCCACUGAGAACCGGCGCCCGCAUCCUCUCCUUUGAUGGCCGAGAUGUCCUGCAGGAUGCGGGAUGGCCGCAGAAGAGUGUCUGGCACGGCUCAGAUGCCAAGGGUCGGCGCCUGCCCGAGAGCUACUGCGAGACAUGGCGGACAGAGGAGCGAGCAGUCACAGGCCAGGCUUCCUCCUUGGCCUCUGGAAAACUGCUGGAGCAGACGGCCAGCAGCUGCCAGCAAGCCUUCAUUGUCCUCUGCAUCGAAAACAGCUUCAUGACCGCCACCAAAAAGUGAUACCCGCCCUGGCACCCCCGAGUACCCCCAUGUCCCUGGGGAGGAUUGGGCAAGCCUGCACCCCAGCACCCCUGGGCCCCUCAGCCCCCUCCCCGCGCCCACUCUUGCCCCGCAGGGUUUCAUUCUCCUGCAGACCUGAAGCCAAAGAGUAUUGCCAUGGCCCCUGCCCUGGGUUGGCAGGGGCUCAGGUCCCACCUGGGGCAGGGCAGCCAUGGGCUGGUGGCCUUCCUCCUCCUCCUCCUCUUCUAACUCCUAAUAUUUAACCACUUCAGCUUGUUCCCCUCCCUGCUCGGUUGCUGUUUCUGGGAUGGCUGGGUGGGAGGAUGCUCGGCAGGGAGAUUUCAAUGCUGCCAUGUGGGCUGUUCCCCGCAAAAGCCUGUAGGGCCUCUCUCACCCCAGCCCCCAGCCCCGCACUGUCCUCACCAGGAGCUUGGGGUUGGAACCAAAUCCCUGCUGCUGAGGCCAUAGGGUCUUCUCCAGCCAAGACACCAGCAUCCCACCCAAGGGAUUGUCCUGUGGUGAUGCUGGGGCUCUCCCAGAUGGUCUCAUCCUCCCCAGGUAAGGACCAUCCCAUCAUCAUUCUCACCUCCACCUCCCAGCCAGCAGAGCUCUGGUGGGGGUCUGGUCUCCCCCAUCCCAUCCAUGCACCCUGGGGAACCCAGGCUGUGCCCCCACAGCCCAGGUACAGCCCCAGCCAGCCCAGGUACUGGGGUGACAGGGUGUCCCCAAGGUGUGGCCAGCUGUGCCCCUGGCACGUGUUUCUCUGUGUGUGCGUGUUGAGCACGUGUGCUACCAAGGGCAGGCACUGCCAAUUCCCCCUCCCCGUGCAACCUUUGCUGGGCUCAAAUGGCAAAGGCGCAGCAAAGCUGGUUGGAAUUGGUGGGGGCAAAUUCGAGGUGCUAAAAAAAAAACCAAAAAAAAAAAGAAAAGAAAAAAGAGAAAUUUGUAACUAGCUUUUUUGUUAUUCUAUGGAAAUUAUUACCAUAAAAGUUGCGCGAUUCACACAGUUUCUAUUUCUUACAGUCUACUGUAUUUUGUGUAAUUAAUGCAAUUAGAAGUGUGUGGAUCUUUAUAUUUUUUUUUUGUCAUCAGUUGUGUCCUAUAAACCAUUUUCUAAAGGCACUGAAUAAAGAAACAUUCUCUUGUA